AUGACGUACAGUAGCAGGGAGUGGGAGAUCGCUGGCGUAGAGGCGGCGCGGGGCCGCUCCGAAGCGCAGUGCGCCGCUGGCCUGCGGCUGCUCCGCCUAGUCGGCCGGCGGCCAACGGCCUCGUCUUCUCCGGCGACGACUUCCACCGCCGCCGUGCUUUCUGGGCCGCCGCCGUCCUCCGCUCCGGCGGACCGCGGCGAUCCCUGCGCCGCCGGCGACGAACGGCGGCGGCGAGCCGAGGAAUCGGUGAAACGGGCUUUGCUCGUCAGCUGCUGGGCCACCAGCUAG